AUGUCACUGAGAACUGCAAUUCUUCGUCACCUGAGGGUUCCGGUGCAAAACCUAACAGUGACGGGAUCGAAUCAGUCUCAAAUUGGAUUCCUUGGGUCGAUCCGUUCUCUGUCUUCGCACGAUGAUCAUCUCAUCAAGGAGGCUGUCGUCGACAGAGUUCUCGAUGUUGUCAAGAGCUUCCCCAAAGUCGAUCCCGCUAAGUUUAAGUUUCUGAGUUCCUUCAAAACUCCUUGUCGAUUGAAUCUUUUAUCCGAAGUUACAAACGAUGGCGAAGAUUGUACUUGCAAUGUUGAUUUUAUCGCGUCUUUGUGCCCUCUUUUGGCUGCGAGAAAGUCCUACAUAGUUUACUUGGGAUCUCAUUCCCAUGGCAUCGAAAUAUCUCCCUCAGCCCUUGACCGUGUUGCUGAAUAUCAUAAUCAGUUGCUCGCAUCCGUUUUGGGAAGUCAUGAGAAGGCUAGAGACGCAAUCUUUUACUCGUACAAAAGAUACAUCAACGGCUUUGCAGCUAUUCUUGAAGAAGAAGAAGCCGCUGAGAUUUCAAAGCAUCCAACUGUGAUCUCAGUGUUUCCAGACAAAGGCAAUAAGUUGCACACAACACAUUCAUGGAGUUCAUGCAGAUGGAGAGGAAUGGUGUUUUGGUCCGAAUCCCAAAGCUUUAGGGAAGAUGGACUUGGACCUGUUCCUUCUCGAUGGAAAGGAAUUUGCGAGACUGCCGAAAACGUCCGUUGCAACAGGAAAUUAAUAGGAGCAAGAUCUUUUAACGAAGGUUACAAGGCGUCAACGGGUAUCAAAGUUAACGACUCGGCAUGCGACCAUGACGGCCACGGGACACACACACUCUGGACCGCGGGAGGCCGGUUUGUCGCUAAUGCGAGCGUAUUCGGUGUAGGCAACGGGACAGCGAAAGGAGGCUCUCCAUUGUCUAGAGUAGCCUCUUACAAGGUCUGCUGGCCUCCUGCACCGGAUGGAAACGAGUGCUUUGAUGCUGAUGUCUUGGCUGCCUUUGACAUGGCAAUCCAGGACGGCGUUGAUAUCCUCUCCCUCUCUAUUGGUAGUGCUGAGCCUCAUGAUUAUUUCGAAGACGGCAUCGCCAUUGGCUCCCUGCACGCCGUUAGACACGGCAUCACGGUGGUCAGUUCCGCUGGAAACUCUGGCCCGGAUCCUGCUUCUCUCUCGAACGUUGCCCCUUGGAUACUCACAGUAGCAGCAAGCACGCUUGAUCGGGAGUUCCAGUCAUUUGUGCAGCUUGCAAACGGUGAACGCUUCAAGGGUUUAAGCAUGUCGAAACCAUUGCUGCCAGUAGGGAAACUGUACAGCCUCAUCACCGGUGCUCAAGCUAAGCUUCCCAAUGCAUCAGCAGCAGAUGCGAGGCUUUGCAAAGAAGGUAAGCUAGAUCCGGAAAAGGCCAAUAGUAAGAUGAUGGUCUGCCUGAAUGACUAUAAUACAGAGACAGUGGAGAAAGGGAGGCAAGCAUCUCUAGCUGGUGCUGUUGCUAUGAUUCUCUGCAAUGAUGAGGCGUCAGGGAAUGAUAUCUCCGCGGAUCUUCAUAUUCUUCCCGCUACACAUAUCAAUUUCAACGAAGGGCAAGCUGUCUUCUCUUACGCUAACUCGACUUAUUUGGAGCCUAUGGCAACACUUACUACACCGGAAGCAGCAUUGGGUAUCAAGCCGGCACCAUACAUGACUAAUUACUCUUCUCAAGGACCAAACACUGUUACACCUGGAAUACUCAAGCCUGACGUAACAGCUCCAGGGGACUACAUCAUAGCCGCAUACAUAAGAGAAGAGAGUCCUAGUGGCUUGCAAUCUGAUCCCCGCAUGACUUUCCACAUAGAAUCUGGAACUUCCAUGUCCUGCCCUCAUGUUGCGGGUCUUGCGGGUCUUCUUAAGACAAUGUACCCGUCAUGGAGUCCAGCUGCAAUCAAAUCUGCAAUCAUGACCACCGCAAGUACACUAGACAACAGGGGAAGUCCAAUCCUCAACGGGUCGUACGUGGAGGCUAACUCGUUCAACUAUGGAUCGGGGCACAUAAGACCAAACAGUGCAGGAGAACCAGGACUGGUCUAUGACUUGACAUUUGAAGACUACUUGGACUUCCUCUGCGCAACAGGAUACAACGAAACAAAGAUCAAGCUCUUCUCGGAGGCUCAUAAUUCCUACAAAUGCCCCAAGGAAGCGAGUGUGAUGGAUUUAAACUAUCCAUCCAUCACUGUACCUGCCGGUUCCGUGACUGUGAUCCGAAAGCUAACGAACGUAGGAUCCGCAGGCACGUAUAGGGCAAGUGUCCGGGAGCCAUAUGGAGUGACGGUAAGCGUCGAGCCAAGUGAGUUGGUGUUUGAGAGCGUUGGUCAAGUUAAAAGCUUUAACAUUACACUGAAACCCAAAUGGACUGCAAAAGGGUACAUCUUUGGAGGAGAGAUAAGGAAGGAGAAGAAGAAAGCAGAAGAAGAAAGAAAAAUGGCGAAUCUCAACUCAGCAAUUGAUUCAGUAUUUUGGGACCAGAACAUUUCUUCGCCGCAGACCUUAGAAGGCACGGCCCGUUCUGUUCCCGGCGAGCCAUUUCCCGUCGACGGUGCACGAGCCAGCCGCUCUCACCGGAUUCAGCAGCUCUCUCUCCUCCGCGAAGGCUUCCCUCUCGGAAUCAUCCCUUCCUUUUCUCCUUCUCCCGAGAAGAGACUCGGCUCUUUCUCCCUCAACUCUCUCUUGCUCAGCCCUUCCUCUUCCAACUGGUGGCUAGGAUUGGUAGGGCAAUUCAAACCAAGGAAGCUCUUUGCUGAUAUCAAAGAAGAUAUAACCAAUUCAGAGGAAUGGGAUCUCCAGCUUCUCAAGGAUACAACGAAACACAUUGUUGACAAAUCCCUUUACUCAAUUGGUUUAUGGACUCAGAUUGCGUUAGGCUCUUCUUCUUCUCUCUUGCUUAGCGCUGAGCGGCUUGGAGAUAAAGCCGGACUCCGAAAGAAGUUGAUGUUUGUUCAUCCGCUUGAGAAGCAUGAUCUCACUGUGGAAGCAGCUUGGCCUGACUUGUUUUUGGAUCAUAAAGGACGUUUCUGGGAUGUUCCUGAAUCGUUAUCCUUCGACGUCUCGUCUCUAGCUCCAGAAUCCGGGCUUAGAUACCGGUUUGGUGUGCACAAUGGCAGGGGUAAUCCAAAGCCUGUGAAUGCUGCUGCUGCUGAGAGUGGUGGUGGUGAUGCUCCCACUUCUUUGUUGCCUGGUUUAUGCGCUAAGGCUGCAGUUUCAUACAAGGCUAACAGAGACUUGUGGAGGCCACAAGAGGAAACAGAAGAAGAAGAAGCCGAAGACACACCUGUUUUCCUGCCUUACGAUAUACGUCUCAAAGAGCCUCAUGCAGCAAUUUCAGGAAUCAUAGGUAGUAGCUUGGCGGCUUGGAUUACAGGACGAGGGAUGUUGGUUAAUGGGAAGAAGAGGAGUCCAAUAAGCGCAGACUUGUUUGGUUCUGCUUGUUACACGUUCCAGAAAGGCCGGUUUAGUAAGCUGUAUGGCGAUCUAACACGAGUAGAUGCUCGUCUUGACGUUUCCUCAGCUUCUGCUCUUGCUAAAAGAAUCUUCCAUGCUGUUAGAAGAUCUUCAAGUAACAAAUCAGAUGACACGUUGUGGGCUCCAAGACUCAACCUGAUAUUCCAGCAACAGGUAGCUGGUCCGAUUGUUUUCAAAGUAGACUCGCAGUUUCAGGUUGGUGGAGGAAAGUUUGGUGCACAAAUGGAAGAUCUGAUUUACAGUUUGAAUUACUCCUUGAGGCUUCUUGAAUCGGGAAAGGUCGUGGCUUGGUAUUCUCCCAAGAGAAAAGAAGGCAUGAUCGAGCUACGAGUUUUUGAGUUUUGA